AACAACAACAGCAGCAGCAGCAGUCACUGGUGCUGCAGCCGGUGCUGCAGGUGGUGAUUUGGCAUCAAGCUUAGCAAAUGUAUUAAAACAACGUAAACAAGCCAUGCAAAGCGACGACGAAGAUGAUGAAGAAGAUGAAUGGGAAUAAUAAUAAUAAAAAAAAAGGGAUGGUAUUUUAGACCACAAAGAUAUUUGUAUUUGUUACCGAAAGCAUGCGCCUUUAAUUCUUUUCUGGUACCCAUAUAAGCAAUACAUGGUUUAAUCGCGUACUGCAUCGCUUUAAAGCACUCUUUGAGAUACUUCCAAAUCCAAUGUUACUUGUGUAUUAAGAGGGGCGCACCUAGGAAGUCGCCUGUAAUCUCGUUCUAGUGCAUAUCCAUAGUAUCACUUUUUUUUUUUCUGUAAUUGAUCGCACAUGUGGGAGCCUAAUGAACAAUUACUUCUUCGAGCACCUGUUCGUUAUAAGAAACAAGACGGUACCCUCUUUGUCACUCCAAAGCGAGUAGCUUAUCAACAACAAGGCUCUUCGCAGUUAACACCUUCGAUUUAUUACAAUGACAUUGCAGGACUUGCUCAAACACCCGAGAGUUCACCCAAAGUCCUGCUCAAGAUCUCUCUGAAAGUUACAGGAGCAAAAGAUUAUACGUUUCAAUUUACAUCAGCAAAGAACCUUCAAGAGCGUGAAGCAGUUAAGUUACAAGUAGCCGAACUACUUGCUCGUGCAAGAGGUACAUCCGUCAGUGCUACAACAACAACAACAACAGCAACAACAACGCCUGUGACAACACCAGCAACUCCUCUCUCGACAUCCACUCCGUCACCGUCAACGCCUACUGCAGCAUCUCAACACACGUCGGCUAUACCUUCACCAGUGACUCGAUCGCCGCUUCCCAGUACACCGGGGAGUCCACGCAAUCCACGACAGGAAGAAUUUAAUGAUAGAAAGGCUUUAUUGAUGUCAAGUAGAGAAUUACAAACGCUUCAUAAAGAACUGGUGGUUGUGGGCAAAAGUGUAGACGAAGAAGAGUUUUGGGCAAGUCCUUAUGUGAAGCGUAUUCGACAGAAAUUGAAAAAGGAUGCAAUCUCACGAGAAGGAAAACAGAAAGGAAAGUCUUCAAGAAUGGUAGAGUUAAAGCCUGGACAGCAAGAAGGAUCUGAUGUCAAAUACACAUUAACAAGUCAAAUCAUUCACAACAUUUUUACAGAAUUUCCUUCAGUGAAAAGAGCAUAUGACGCCAAUGUUCCAGACAAGAUGACAGAGCAAGCGUUUUGGAAGAGAUUUUUAGCAUCCGAAUUCUUUCAUAGAUCUCGAACUGGAGGACGAUCUCAACUUACACCUUAUGAUGAUAUUUUCGACAAGUGUCUUCAAGAAGAAGAUGAAGAGAAUUCAAAACCACCCACAUUGACACGUAUGGAGAAAAUUCGAUUUGAUAUUGAUCUGUCUGCUACUCAGGAAGAUCACAUCGAGAGCGGAAACGCGCCUGAUUUUACGAUGAAACCUGGUCGAGAGGCACAGUCAUUACCGCUCAUCCGUAGAUUUAAUAGACAUUCUAUGCGUGUAUUAGAAACAGCCAUCAAUAAUAAACCAAAACCAGAAGCUUCUCAUGAAGAUGAAAUAGAGAAAGAAAUUGUCAUUCCAGACUUGCUUGAUGAAAAGCCUUCAGAAAAGAUUAUAUUAGAUAUCCAGGAUACAAAACGAUACUUUGAGAGUCAAUCAGGAGGAGUAGAUCAAGUCAAGAUGACGGAAGAUGAAACAAGAGUGUUGCUCAGUGGAUAUAAAAGAAAGUUUGAACACUGGCAACCGAACUUAUCAAAACAAACGAUACCAACAGGAGCAGCGGAUGGUGUUUGCACAGAUCUUACAAGCACGAUUAAAAAGAAAGCCAGACAUGUUGAUAAAACGUCUUCUGAUUUCAAAUUACCAAGUGCAGUGCAACAAAAGAUCCAAAGCUAUCAUUCUGCAACGAAUGAGAUACUAAGACACUUUUGGUCAUCCUAUGAACCUUACAAGCCCGAUAAAAACAAUCGAAUGACUGAAGGUUUAAAGCGACAACAAGAGAAAUUAAAGGAGAUUUUAAUAUCUGUCGUCAGUUACGACGGUGAUCCAGAUAAAUGUAAACAGACUCUUGCUCCUCUUUUGACGGCUGUAAACAAGGCAUUAGAGGCGGCUAAGAAGCGUGCACAAAGAAAACGAUAAUGUACAUACUAAACAUAUACACCACACGCUUCAUAAUAAAGCUCUUUUAUGUAAAGC